AGCGCAGCUAUAGGGGGGGUUUGCAAAGGAGGCGGACCUAACGCGACCCCCACAGUUGAGCUCCUGAAGGUUUUACAAUGCCGAGCGUUCCUCCAACGCGCAUUUUAUAGCUGCUGGCACAGAGCGACGGUCCGAAUGUGCGUAAAUACCCACGAAUACAGAUUUCACCACCUCCACUGAGAGACAGACAGAGAAAACACGCCAGGAGAAGGAGAAUCAACAGAGAGCAGCAAAUCUAGUGUCGCUCCUCAGAGGAAUUAACUGGAAAGCGUCGUGAAAGGAACAUUUGAUAUUCAGACUUCAAAGGAUCAUCUUCACUGAACUCACACAGGCCAAAAAGAGUCCGUUACGACUUGGACGAUGGAAGCCGGUCAGUCAGAGAUGAACAUCUUAUCCAACGGGAAGAGUCACGACCUCGGAGAUGACGUGGGUGUGCCAAUGAAGACGUUGCUGGAGGAGGAUCAAAAUGGCACUCAAACAGUCAGAUUUGAGGAUCCUGAUGCAGGACAGGAGAAUGAGGAAUUUCUGCCCAGUGCAGAUGGAAAGAAACCUAUUCGCUUCACAGAUUUUGAAGGAAAGACCUCUUUUGGCAUGUCGGUCUUCAACCUGGGCAAUGCUAUUAUGGGCAGUGGAAUCCUGGGAUUGGCUUAUGCCAUGGCCAACACUGGCAUACUCCUCUUCUUGUUUCUUCUGACUGCAGUCGCAGCCUUGUCAUCUUACUCCAUUCAUCUGCUGCUCAAAUCCUCUGGCAUUGUGGGAAUCCGAGCUUAUGAGCAGCUGGGGUACAGGGCCUUCGGCACUCCCGGAAAAAUGGCCGCCGGUAUCGCCAUCACCCUGCAGAACAUUGGAGCUAUGUCCAGCUACCUGUACAUUGUGAAAUCCGAGUUACCGCUGGUCAUCCAGGCCUUCCUGAACGCAGAUCCCAACUCUGAUCUGUGGUACUUGAAUGGAAACUACCUGGUCAUCAUGGUCUCUGCCAGCAUCAUCCUGCCCCUGGCUUUAAUGAAGCAGCUCGGUUACCUCGGCUACACCAGUGGAUUUUCUCUCAGCUGCAUGGUGUUUUUCCUCAGCGCUGUUAUCUACAAGAAGUUCCAGAUUACCUGCCCAUUCGAGGAGUUCUCGGCCAACGGUACUGCCGCUCACCUCAGCCUGAACUCUUCAAGCCACGGCCACGAGUACAGCAAUGGCUUGGUUCACGAGGAUGACGACUCCCACUGCUCCACGCGCCUGUUCACCAUCAACUCACAGACUGCAUACACCAUUCCCAUCUUGGCUUUCGCCUUUGUUUGCCACCCCGAGGUCCUCCCCAUCUACACCGAGCUCCGCAAUCCAACGAAGAAGAGGAUGCAGCAGGUGUCCAACAUCUCCAUCUUCGUCAUGUACACCAUGUACUUUCUGGCUGCUCUCUUUGGCUACCUGACCUUUAAAGACAAUGUGGAGCCUGAACUGCUGCACACUUACAGCCGGAUCGACCCUUACGACACUUUGAUCCUGUGCGUGCGAGUGGCUGUCCUGACAGCUGUGACGCUGACUGUCCCCAUUGUGUUGUUCCCUGUACGCAGGGCCAUCCAGCAGAUGUUGUUCCCCACCAAGUCUUUCAACUGGUUGCGUCACAUUGCCAUCGCUCUCAUUUUGCUCACUCUCAUCAACAUGCUGGUGAUAUUUGCUCCUAACAUUCUGGGCAUCUUCGGCAUCAUUGGUGCCACGUCAGCUCCCUGCCUCAUCUUCAUCUUCCCCGCUGUCUUUUACAUCCGCAUCGUUCCCAAAGACGACGAACCCAUGACCUCCACUCCUAAGAUACUGGCUGCCUGUUUCGCCGCUUUGGGCGUCUCCUUCAUGGUGAUGAGCCUGAGCUUCAUAAUCAUCGACUGGACAACAGGGGGCGGCCAUGCUGCAGGAGGCCACUAGAUGCUGCUUCAGGGUGUGUGAGCUUUGGAACGGGGGAAAAAAAGAACUGGUCAUUUUGAGGGGGGCACUGUCGCUGCCAGUGGGAACACACUACAGGGCUGCCCAGCACAGAGCCUGGGGGUUUGUAACAGUACACAAUAUCAAGUAUAGUAUGUGGGUUGGAAUCACUCUGAUGUUGAUCAAGUUAAAUUAGCUUUUUGUAACUUAUAUCUGAACAAAAUCCUUUCAUAACAGCCUUCUAUAAUUAAACUUAAUGUAUUGCUAUAGUAAUGCAGUUUUUAUGAAUAAUCAGGACUGAGCAGGGUCUUUUUUUCCCCAUUACCAUCUGUUAGUGCAACCAUGAUGGUAAAAUGGUCCUUCUACAGCUGGUACUGUACAGAAAAACAAGACAUGAGUGUCUGUCAGGUUGAGGACGGGAAGGCACGACGUGAAUAACUCGCAAGUUAUUUUUACACAAAUGAACGAGACACACAAACCGUCAGAUGAUCUCACCCUGAACCAGCAGCACUCUGACCUGUUCGCCGCGGUGUCACAUGAAAACUGCUUUAAGGCCUUAGAGCGCAGGUGGCAUUUCACGUCCUGAUCUGUCAGCUGCCGCAGAUGUUAUGCAGUGUAGCCUGUAACACGGUCGAAGCUUUCGUUCCAGGUCAGCUAACCUUCUUCAGAAACCUUUGUGCCUUUUAGCAUUUGCAACAGCACACAAACAUAAAGAACAGGAGCGUAUAUUUAUUUAGCCACUAUAUCUAUGUUUUUAAUUUCAAAUGAACUAUAUUUAACUUACUGUAUAUUAUGAAGUUAAUGAUCCAAAUACAUUAUGUAUGAUAUCAGUUUCAGCUUUCAGUAUAUAGAUAAUGGAAGGUGUUACAGCUGACAGUAUUUUAAAUACUUGGUAAAAUACAGUGCUUGAUUUUCAGGAUUUCAUACCUCCCUUUAUAUAACUCUCAGCACAUAUAAGCCAAACUGUGACCUUAAAUAUAAAUACAGCUCAAGCUAACCCCGACAGUUCAUCGUUCUUCACUUAAAUUAUUGAUAUCCCCUUUUUCAAAUUCUCAUCCCAUUCUUCUAAAUUCAGAAAUCACUUUUCACUCACACUUAAAUUGUUGAAUUAACUGAUAAUGUCGCAUAUUCUCUAUGUACGUGUUUAAACACUUGGUGACAACCACGUCUAGUGAACAUUUAAACCCAACACGUCAUGUUUUUCAAGGCUUCUCUGGAAGCUUCAGUGAAUUUUUGGGAAACACCCUUACUUACUUACUUGAACUAUAGCCAGUUAGCUUAGCUUAGCAUAAAGACUGGAAGCUGGGGGAACCAGCUAGCUGGGCCCUGUACAAAGGUUAAAAAAAAGCUCACUAAUUAACAGUUUAUAUCUCAUUUAUUAAAGCUGUGGUCUUACAACCAGCAGAGACUCCACUUUACUGUAGUCAGUGAGAAAAUAUGGUGUCUAGCCAUGCAGAAAGUCUUGCUUGUCCAGGGUUGAAGCUAUAUGGACAAUGAACACCUAUAACCUGUGCAAAUAAAACCAGAAACAAUCCUGGCUAGACACCACUAAGGGUAAGUCGGGUUUAUUACUUUUUUUUAAAUAAUGUGGAUGACCCCAAAAUUGCUCUUGAUUUGAACAAUGCCUGGCCAAGCAACAUGAAUUUGCAAACAUGAGCCCACAGGUGGGCUGGCGGCGUUUAACAAGUUUUGAUUAAUUAAUUUGAAGAUGUAUUAUGGUCUUUUGAUUCUGUCGUAACGUAUUUGCCGUACUGGUUCGUAGUAUUUUGAUCUGCUUUCACCCUUGUUGAGUAUUUAGACUCGAGGUUAAUGUUUUGCAUGCCGUUGUGUCCAGUCUGUCCUGUAGUCGUAUAGUGAACUGCACAGUAACAGAUUUUCCUGCUGACGCUGUCAUACAUGGAUGUUGUUGUAAUACUGUACACUUGGCAUCCUAUGGUGACGUGUAUUGAAGUCCCAUUCUGUGCUCUAGUUAUUCUAAUGUUAUAUUAGUAUCAUAAAGCCCUUCUUAAAAGAUGCUACAUGAAAUAAUGUUCCAGACAUUACUGUUGUGAUGUGCUGUCGAUGAUGAUGUAUUCAUUUUGAGCUUAACUGAGGGAUGUGGAUGGAUACUGUCAGUAGUUCUUCAGGCAAAUUUUGCAUCCCAUAAUAGCACUAACAACCUGCAUAUAAGUACACUUGCUACAGAUUAAAGGAGCAUUUUAUUCUAUAGAACCACAGAUCACAAAGGAACAAGCUUAAAAAAAGCACAAACUACACAAACACUAGCUGCUCUUCCCCAAUGAUGGCUUUAUAUUGUAUCUCAGGCGUCAGAAAGGUCUGGCACAAAUCAUCACUUCUCUCAUUUUAUUUAUAUAUUACUCUAUUUUGUGUUUGUUUGGCAGUUUUGAUUCCUGAUUUUUACAGAUAAAUUAUAAACAACAGCAGAGGAAAUAUUUAGUGCACGCAUUCACCUCCGCCCCUUGUUUUCCCACAUGUAUUUGCAGUGGUUGUUGUGGUGUAAACAAAGGUUUGGUUUUGUCAUAUUUAGCAAGCAGAGUUUUUCUUCACUUGAAGGGAUCAUGCCAAAAUAACAACCGACUACCUACUGCUUUAAAAUGCCUUUAGCUUUUAAACAGCAGACGCAGUAUAUCAAAUAUGCAUUUUUCAUGUACCUAAAUAAAUCUAUGUGAUAUUUUCUUAUAGCUGUUGCUCAAGACAUAAAUUUAUGGAAAUGACACAACUAUAAAUUAAUAAUAAGGUAUAUGGAUUUUGGUGAAUAAGACGUGGCUUUAUAUAAAUUAUGUAUAUAAAUGUAAACCUUUUAUAUUUGUGAUGCAUAUUUACAGUAGCUUGUAAAGUGUAUAUAGCAGGGACAGUUUUAGUUUGGCAAUAAAAUAAUUGUAGAUGUUUUUA